AUGUUCCAAUAUCCAUAUACAAAAGCAAUACCAUAUGAUAUAAUUUACCAAAAAUCAAACACAGUAAUUAUAAAAAGUCUAACGCCAGAUAUCUCAGGUCCAUUUGUUUCCAAAAUUGUUAGAGUUCCUGGUGCUUCAGUUAAUCUUAAUUUAACCCCAAACCAAGCUGUAGGAUGGAGUGUUUCAGUGGAGGAUAAAGUAAAUGGAUUCUCACAUGGUUAUAUUAUCGCAAUUGGUUCAAAGGAUGGUUCAAUUAAUAAUUUUACUUUAAAAUCAGAGAGUUCAGAUAAAUCAAUUACUUUUAAUUUGAUAUUGGAAGAAAUUUCUUGUGUUUCCCAGACUAUCACUAUUACAGAGGUAGUUCUUUAUGAUACAUCCGGUUUCAUUUCAUCUUUCAAAUCAAAUAAAGCCUAUAGUAAUAGAGAGUAUUCAGGGGAUUUGGAUAGUCCAAUAAACCCAUUGUUAAAUUAUUUUGGUCCCAACAAAGAUAAUUUAACAAUUGGAAUAGAAUGCACGGAGUCUCCAGAAUCAACAGGACCAGAAUUAGUAUCAAUUGAAGUAAAUAAAGAAAAUAUAGAUGUGGGUUCAAAUGAUAGAUCAUUAUCAUUCACAAUGGUUUUCAAUGAUCCCGAAACUGGCAUAAACAGAGGUCAGUUACCGAUUGUAUAUAUCACCUCAUUAUAUUUUGAACAUAUCAAGUGUAUUUCAAACCUAGUCAGUUGUCAAAAGGAUAUAAAAACAUGUACCUUCAAAUGUGAAACAGAGCUACCCUUUGGAUACAGUUACCCAAAUAAUCUAACUUUCCAAAUAUAUGGUGCAUUAAAUAAUGGUGGCUUUCAUUCCGGUUAUUCUUAUUUUUCUUUUUUUAAUAAAUUCAAUAAGUAUCCCAGUAUUCAAGUAGAGUUCUCCACCAAUAUCCCAGUUAUAACCCAAACAAAUAGAAUCUCCAAUGAAGGGGGCAAUUUAUUAAUUAUGGGCCAAUAUAUUGGUGAUGCUAAAUCUGUUUUAAUCAAAUAUUCAAAUGCUAAAUCAAUAACCUUAGCUCCAACAUGUAGUGAUACAUCAUAUUGUACAAUUCAGGUCCCAGAAUCAGAUUUAUCAUUUACAAUUCAAAUUGAAUUAAAGGAUAAUUCAAAAUCAAAUGAAUUCAAAAUAACCCCAGUUUAUGUUACAAAAGUUAUUCCACAAUCUUCAUCAUCUUUGGGUAGUUCCUCAUUGGUUUCAUCUUUUUCGUUAGAUCCAAUUAACUCGUCUUCAUCACAAGAGUAUGAGUGUCCAGGUAAACCAGUAUGUGGUGGUGCAUCAAAUGGUUAUUGUACAACCAAGGGUUGUGUUUGUAUAUCACCAUGGUUUGGUUUGGAAUGUAAACAAAAAGUUAUUAUUGUACCACAACCUUCAUUUAAUAACACCGAUCCAAACAUUACAGUUAUUGUACCAAAUGAAAAUAAUGCAGAUAAAGUGGAAUAUACAUCAUUGACAUCAAUUAUAUCAAUAAGAGAGGUUGACAAAGAUAAACUACCAUUCCAAAAACAUUCAUUUGAAAAAUGGGUCAAUAACAGAGUUGGCAAUUCAGUAAAUGAAUACUAUUCAAACUUUACAAAUAUCAAUAACAGCAGUAAAACAACCCAAGUAAAAGUUAUUGUAGAAUGGUUCGAAAAACAAACCAAUAUUUCAUUCGCAAGUGAGCAAUUAGAUAUGAAUCCAAGCUCAGUUAAAUAUACCAUCGAAAUCAUCGACUAUCCAUUCCAAAGCAUUUUAAACAGUUUAGAAAUUGUAAUGUCAGCAUCGUUCAAAUCAAACGACAAAACAGACGGAUGUUCCUCAAAAGAAUUUGGAGAUACCAAUGGAUGGGACAAUUCCAACUAUUUAAAGAUUCAAGUCAAUGAUCAUUCAUUAUAUGCAAGAUUCAUUAAAAGAGGAGUUAUAAACGGUAGAUCUAUUGUAACGGUAUCCAAUUCAAUUUUAGAUGAUUCAUUCAAAACUGUUCAAGAUCCAAGUCAAGCAACAUCAUUUAUAGCAAUUUCAAUACCAUACUUUUCAUCAAAUGCAACAAUCGAUCCUGAUUUUUCAAUUUUAUUAGAUCAAUCGAAAUCAUCAUCAUCAGUUUGUAAAUCCAAACUAUCAUCUACACAAAUUGCUGGUAUAAUCAUUGGUGCAGUCGGUUUUGUUGCUGUCGUUGCUAUCUGUAUAAUAGGUUAUUAUAUAAAAAAGAAAAGAGCCCAAAUAGAGAUGGACAAGUUAUCAAUUAAAUUAAAAAAUAUGGACAAAUAA